GCCGCCGCCGCCGGCCGCACCACCCGCGCCCGCUCCAGCACAGGUGCAGCUCUGGUCACCACCCAGCCGUGCCGUGACGUUUCUCCGAGUGUCACGAGCUCCGUGACCGGCGCGGUCACGGCGGUGACACGGCGCCGCCGCCAUGGUGAGCGUGGACUGGGGUCGGUUCGGCCUGAGCUCCGAGCCGGCCGGCCGACCGGCAGCUGCCGAGCCGUCCGCCGGCGACCCGCUGGCCGGCGCCGCCCAGCGAGAUGACGAGCUGUUCGCAGAGGAACAGCGCCACCAGCCGUGGUGGCGGUCCAACUUCUUCGUGUCGUCGCCGGUACUCUUCGGCACCUGGGACGGCGUGUUCACCACCGUCAUCGUCAACAUCUUCGGCGUGAUCGUGCUGCUGCGCUCCGGCUGGAUGGUGGCGCAGGCCGGCAUCGGCUUCACCUUCCUCAUCAUCAUCGCCUGCGUGUGCGUGGUGCUGACGUCCGUACUUUCUGCGAUCGGCAUCUGUGAGAGGUGCCCCAUGGCCACCGGUGGGGUGUACUCGCUCGUCUCGCAGGUGCUCGGAUCCCACCUCGGAACUGCCAUCGGCCUGGUCUACUGCUUCGGACAGGCGGUGGGGUGCGCACUGUGCGCCGCAGCCUUCGGCGAGUCCAUGUCCGAGCUGGUGAACACGCCGCAGAAUCCGUGGGUCGAGCGCUCCGUGGGCGUCACCCUGAUCGCCCUGCUGACUGCCAUCAACAUCGCCGGCGUCAAGUGGGUCAUCAAGGUGCAGUUUGUGCUGCUGGCCCUGCUGGCGCUAGCCGUGCUCGACUUUCUGUUUGGCUCGCUGGUCGGCGACCCCCUGGCAGGUGAGGGGUACGUCGGCUGGAGCAUGGAGAACCUGCGGAACAACACGUCUCCACGCUACACCGAGGGCAACAACUGGUUCAGCGCGUUCGGCGUCUUCUUCCCCAGCCUGACAGGCAUCAUGGCCGGCAUCAACAUGUCGGGUGACCUGCGCAACCCACGUCAGGACAUCCCCCGCGGCACGCUGGCGGCUCUGGGAGCAAGCACCGUGCUGUACAUGCUGUUUGCCUUUGUGUUGGCUGCUACCUGUACCAGGGAGGCCCUUCUCACCGAUUACAUUAUUGCUGAGCGCGUAGCGGCCACAGGUGUGCUCCUGUUGUUGGGCCUCUACAUUUCGUCUUCCUCUUCAUGUCUUUCAACACUUUACGGCACUCCACGGGUUCUCAAGAGCAUUGCAAAUGAGAACAUCAUUCGCUGCCUGAAGCCGUUGAGCAAAGUGAGCGGUGCCAACCAGGUGCCGGUGUACUCCCUAAUCGCAGUGUCCACCGGGACGCUGGUGUUCAUCCUGAUCGGCCAGAUCAAUCGGCUAGCUCCGAUCGUCACCCUGCCCUUCCUCAUGACGUACGCCGGCAUCGACUACGCCUACUUCGCGCUGGCGCACGCCUACGACAUCCAGGAGCAGCAGAGCCACGCCAGACAGACUCAUCAGCUGGGCUCGCCUGUGUUCGACGCCUCUGGCAAGGGCAGCUCGGCUUACGGAGCCGUGGAUAAAGUCAGCAAGCAGAGCAAGAGCGCAAUGCGGUCCUCGUGGGAGUCUACGAACACAGGUAGCCUGCCGUCCUCGCCAGAGGAAGACUCGAGCUCCCACAGCGUGAAGCAAGUGACCACUGAGACGGCGGCGCCGGUACCGGACCCUUCGGCUGCCGUCCGCACGCUGCUCGCUGAACAGGAGGGGAUCCUUCUCCAGCCGCCCAGCUGGUACUCGCGAUUCUGCAACAGAUGGGUCUCUCUGAUCGGAAUGCUGCUGAAGCUGGUGAUGAUGCUGCUGGUGAACUGGCUGUACUGCCUGCUGACGGUGCUGGCCGUGCUGCUGAUCUGGCUGUACGCGCGUCAUGCCAGUCCCGGUUGCCCGGCCGCGCUGGCUGACUCGUUCUCCUUCGGCGAGUGGAUCAAAAACCUGCUAGCCAUCGCGCUGGGACGGCGGCGCGUAGCCACUCAGUACGACAGGAUGGUGGUUACUCCGAUGGCACCGGGGGUGAACGUUCAGCAGACUCAGGUGACAGAGGAGAACGAGGACUUCGAGCACCGCUCCCGCUACCACCAGUCCACCGUCCAGCCCUCCAAACCGCUGCUGGCCGAUGACUGAGGGAAAGGUAUCCUCCGUUCAGCCCUCCAAACCGCUGCUGGCCGAUGACUGAGGGAAAGGUAUCAUCUGAGAGGCCCUCCAAACCGCUGUUGGCAGAUGACUGAGGGAAAUUCAGCCCUCCAAACCGCUGUAGGCAGAUGACUGAGGGAAAGGUAUUCUCUGAGCUGCUCUUCAUCCGCUGUUACGCUGGUUAACGACUGAAGAAAGAGGCCGCAUGGUGCGCUAGGGUGCUGCCAACGCAUGGCGUAUGUCUAUGUGUUAAAAUAAUUUCGUCCGAGCUGAUAGGCAAUGGCUGCAACGCCAUGAUUACGUCAAUGAGCAAUGACGAGAAAUCACAUCCAACGCUUGCUACGCCCUUCCGUCGAGCAGCCAUGUCGAUGUCGCUGAGCCAAUCGGCGGUGAAGUCAUCUGAAACUCUGUGUCGUAAAAAGUCGACAGACGCUGCUGUUCUGGCUCACUAGUCACUGUCCAAAGAACACUCUGCUUCUCGUAACUGUGUGAGGGAGGGAAUAUCGUGCGAGAUUGUCUGCAAGUGGUCAGUUUCUCUGAUUCAAAAGCCGUGACUGAAUACGACAAGCCCGGAUCGCAGUACUUCGCUUCGACAGUUGCUUGCAUAUGUCUGACAGCUACAUAUAGGCGGUGCAUGCGCUGAAACUGACUGGUCCUGUGUGGUUUGUAUCAUCUGAUUGUAUUGAUUUGUGUGCUGCUCUGGCGCCUAAGCUGUGAAAAUCAGCGUUCAAUGCUGUCUCGUUUGUCGACUUGCGUGAGAAAGCCGACAACAAGUUUGUGUCUGUGUUAUAGAAGGCGGCAUUUACCGGAGUGAAUAAUAUGAGCCAUGUGUUAGUUUAUUGCAGACAUAAUCUUCUCAACGUAAGGGUGUAUGAAGGACUUGCUUCAAGGAACGUAACUGCAAUGCCAAUAUUAAUGAGUGAUUUGUAAGGUAUUCGGAAGCACGGUAAUGAAAUCGCAAGAAUUAUUUUUGCAUCAUGCAAAACGAAAUGCUCAGGAGAACAGUUAUCUUUACACAAGAGAUCCCUAUUCCCCAUAUUCACACUUAAUGCGGUAAAUGUAUUGCAUGCAAAGUAUACAUGCAGCGAGUGAUGUUUAGUGUGCACUGUAAAUCAUGUUAGAUGUUUGAUGUACGUAUAUGUGCACAUGCUAUGUGUGCCAUUGUAUUGAGUGUUACUUGCACAAAUCAUGCAGAAUGCACCUUCAGCCGGUUGUUAGCCGAAAGCUAUAGUCUGUGUUGUGAUACAAAAAAAAUACCUUGAAAAACAUUCGGGCAUAUGCAUAAAAGCUGGGACCAUCGUUACCAUUUGGCCAUCGACCAUAUGCUGGCGAUAAAGAUAAAAGUGUUAUUAAAUAAUAACUCGCUAUAACCACAACUCCACCGGUUAGGGGGCUCUACCGAAUCGACCUCUACCGAAUCGACUAUUCCCGACUCCACAGUAGCGGACUGGGCUACGUUCUCAAAUAAUCUCAGCGUAACGAAUUAUUUCAUUGCGUAACAAUCUGCCUCAGCUGACGGUGACUAUCUGUUUUAUAUGUCCUCAACUCAUGCCUUUUCGUGUGACUGUUCUAAGCUGAUGCCAUGCUACCUCAGGGUCUUAUUUGUUCUUUCAACCACCUAGCACUUUUCCAAAUAAAUGUCCAUUCCUGGCCUAUGUGCUAUCCUCAAUUCCAGGGUUAACCGACUGAUCUCAUAAUGGUGCUAACAAGCGAACACCUGCUUGAUGUUCAAUUCGUUUAAGUGUUUUGUUUUAGCUGAAGUGUUUAUACGAGGCGCAAUGUGCGGUUGAGCUUAUGUGUAUCGUCCGAGCACGUCACGAAGUUAUGCUGACAGCCCUCUAUAUGUUGUAUGUAUGUAUAUCUAUAGCGUAGACUAUGCUAUGUCUAUACCAAAUAAAUGUGACCCUAUUU